UCAUGGACGCAGGAGAAUCAGCCCUCAGUGUUUAAGAAAUCCCCAGGCUCAGGGCUCCUGGCUGGCUCAGUCAGAGGAGUGUGAGUCUUGACCUCGAGGCUGUGAGUUCAAGGCCCAAGAUGGGUCUAGAGGGUCACUUAAAUAAGCUUUUAAAGAAAGAAAUCCCCAGGCUCAGGCCAAUUAAGUCAGAAUCUCCAGGAGCUUCCUUCUAUCUCUUUGUAAACUCCUCAAGCUAUGUCCAUGUAGAGCUAAACUUGAGAAUCAGGGCUCUGCACUCUCCCUUUGUCUGUGUGUCCAAAGUCCCUGACCUCCAGCAGACCAAGCCCUGUGGAGAGGGGUCGCCUCUGGCUGGCUGCGCCACACACCCCCAUAGGGUUAGUUUUGCCCACUCCCUCCGCCCCCCUUCACUGCUUUCCCUGCUGCCUCUCGCAGUCUCCCUCCCUCCCCAAGGGGACAAGGCCUUAGCUAAAACACACACAAGCUACCCACCCCCCAAAUCUGCCACCCCAGCUGGGCCCUCUGCCCCCCAUAACCGUCCACGACCCAUGUGACAUGUGCACCUCUAAUAGGGAAGUCCUGCUCAGAGCUGAGAAUCCAGCAGUGGGGAAGUGUGGAAAUGAGGCAGGAGGAUGAGGCAACAAGAGCCGGCAGAAGGGCCCACCCAUCACGCUCUCUCAACUCCCGAGUCUCCGGGCCCAGAGCUCCCCCUCCCAAGGAGGCCCUCAAGGCCACGCACAGAGUCCUCCCUGGACACCACAAGUCUGCCAGCGCCCAGAACCACAGAGUCAAGCAACUGGUGACCAUGUUGGGCAUGUGCUGACAGCCAGUACACGAAGCACGGAGACCACAGAGACAGCAGCAAGCGCCGGGCAGGAUCUGGGGACAGGCAGAGGCUGUCUCCGCCUCCUUUCCUUCCUCCUCUGCCCUCCCAACCCGGCCAGCAUCCCCCACCCCCAUGGGGCCCGUGGAGCAGAAGCCACAGUCACUUCCUGAAGGCAGCAGCCCGGCUCAGGUCCCACUUGCCCUGUGGCCCAUCACCCGCCUGCAGCCAUGGGGAGCCAUCAGGACUUCCGGAGCCUUCAAGCCAAGUUCCAGGCCCCUCAGCUGGAGACCAGUGAACACCCCAAAAAGCCCCCAAAGCCUGAGUUCAACAAACUUCUGAAGAAGUUUCCACCACCUGAGCCAAGCGAGCGUCCCAAGAAGCCCCUGCAGCCCGGCUGUACCGAUCUGCCUCCCAAGCCCGCCAAACCGGAGCCGAAGGAGCCCUCCAAGAAGUUCCCACAGCUCAACGCCCCUCAGAAAGCUUUGCAGCCUGAGCCUGGCCAUCCAGCCAGGCCCCCGACAGAGCCCAAACCCAGUGCCCUCCCCAAGAAGCUUCAGCAGCCUGAGCCCAAUGAGGCCACCCCAGACCCUUCACAGCCAGACCUCAGUACCCUUCCCAAGAAGCCCCCACAGCCCGAGUUCAGUGUGCACCCCAGAAAGCCCCCACAGCCUCAGGUCGGUGGCCUCCCUAGGAAAUCCCUGCCACAGCCCGAGACCAGUGAGGUCCCUCAGACGCCCCCCUGGAAGCCUGAGCCCAAAGAGCUCCACCCCUCCUCCUCACAGCCAGACCUCAGUACCCUUCCCAAGAAGCCCCCGCAGCCCGAGUUCAGUGUGCACCCCAGAAAGCCCCCACAGCCUCGGGUCGGUGACCUUCCAAAGAAAUCCCUUCCACAGUCCGAGACCAGUGAGGUCCCUCAGACGCCCCCCUGGAAGCCCGAGUCCAGUGAACUCCACCCCCACCCCUCAAAGCCCGAUUUCAAUACAUUUCCCCAAAAGAUCCCAACCCCUCAGCUGAAUGACUUCCCCAAGAAACUCCUGCAUCCUGAUUUUGGUGACCUCACCAGGAGGUCCUCAGAGCCUGAAGUCAGUGUGUUUCCCAAGCGGCCACGGCAGCCUGAAUGCAAAGCGCCCUCCAAGAAGCCAGAGCUGGGGAUCCUCCCCAGGGUGUCCUCAGAGCCCGAGUUUGGCCUGCUCCCCAGCAAGUUUCUGCAGCCCGAGCGCCAGGCCGCCCCCCGAAAGUUCUCGCAGCCUGAGUCCAGCGCUUUGCCCAAGAGGUACCUGCACACUGAGUUCUCUGGUGGUCUCCCUAAAAAGCCCCCCAUCCCCAGCUCUGUUUCAGAGAGCUCACUCCCCAGUGCGGUCACAGGCUCCCGCCCCAGGCUCCCCCUCAGCCCUGGCUUGGGAGCCAGGGAGCAGAGAUCAGGAGCUCGCUCUCACAGUGGAGGGUCGAGGCUGGGCCUCAAAUCCGGCUACCCACCCCGGCGGAGGCCUCUGCCCUCGGUCAGCAGCCUGGGACCCCCUCCAACCAAGCCCCCGCUGCCCCCUGGCCUCAGGGAUGUCCAGAGCUUCUGGAAAGCCACAGCCACAGACACAGCUCUGAGGAGGACCGGUUCUGCUGGGAUCCUCCAGGCCCAACAGACUGAAGACAUCCUACAGUAUUCCUCCAGGGACCAGGAAGAGGCCUAUGAGCUGUAUGACGACGUGGAGCCCAUGGACAACUCCAGCCCCGGCCACAAGGGCAGAGAUGAAGUGCCAUCUACCCAGCAACCCCCCAGGCCACCACAGAACCCGGAACUCAGGAGGGAGAAGGCCCCCCAGCCACAGCACUUGCCGCCCUCAGACCCGAAGACCCUGAAGCAGAUCCGGAAGGCAGAGAAAGCCGAGAGGGAGUUCCGGAAAAAGUUCAAGUUUGAGGGGGAGAUAGUGAUUCACACAAGGAUGAUGAUCGAUCCCAACGCCAAGACACGCCGUGGGGGUGGCAAGUACCUGGGCAUCCGGCGUGGGGAGAUCCUGGAGGUGAUCGAGUUCACCAACAAGGAGGAGAUGCUGUGCCGGGACACCAAGGGCAAAUGUAAGUCAGCCAGGCCAGAAUGUCCCAGGAAACAGGCCACCACCAGGGCUGGGAGCUUACCUAUCCCACUCUCUUUGCAGACGGCUACGUGCCCAGAACCGCUCUACUGCCCCUGGAAACGGAGGUGUAUGACGAUGUUGGCUUCUGGGGUAUGUAGAUGCUCUGGGUAGGCCAGAAGGGACCACAGUGCCUGGAAGGAGCAGACCCUCUGGAGAGCCAACCAUCACCCCAGGAACAGGAAGGCCCACCAGUGCGGACACCCGGGACCACCGGCCAGCCCAGCCACCCAUUAACACCGGAGUCUUGGCUCCCAGACCGGCAGUCACAGAACCACCCAGGCUCCAGUCUGCCUACAUACAUGAAGCACAUAAAGCUCCUAUUUAAAGCAA